AUGACCACACCCUCAGAGCCAGUGUCGCUAGACGCAUCUGCCGCCCCGGUUGAAGCACCCCCCGCGCAAUCAGCUCCUGCGGCGCAAAACCAACCUGCACCGCCACUCCUUGCCCAAUCCGACAGCGACACAUCCACCCUCGAGGCUCAAGCUGAUGAUAGCAGAAGCGACACCGGCGACUCUGCGCUCGGCAGCGAAUAUGACGAGUCCACCUACACGGCCUCACUGACCAGCAGCAUCACCGCAUACCAAUAUGAACACGGCCGGCGCUAUCACGCCUACCAAGCCGGCCGCUACAUCCUGCCAAACGAUGAGCAGGAACAAGAGCGCAUGGAUCUUCAGUACCACGCUUUCCGGCUCGGCAUGGGCGAUAAGCUGUAUCAAGCCCCCAUCGGCGCUGAUGCGAAGGCCAUUUUGGAUAUUGGAACGGGAACGGGGAUUUGGGCGAUUGACUGUGCCGAUGUGCAUCCGGAGGCGGAAAUCGUCGGGACGGAUCUGAGCCCUAUUCAGCCACAAUGGGUCCCGCCGAAUGUGAAGUUCGAAGUCGAUGAUUGCGAGCAGCCGUGGACGUUUGCGGAGAAUCGUUUUGAUUUGAUUCACACGCGGAUUCUGAUGGGCAGUAUAAGGAACUGGGAGGGGUUGAUGGAGCAGGCUUUUAAACAUAACAAGCCAGGCGGAUGGGUCGAGCUCCAGGAAAUGACCGUCAUGGUCGGCACCGACGAUAACUCGAUCCCAGAAAAUGCUUAUAUCAAACGAUGGUGCGAUAAUCAAGAGGAAGCGGUAUCGAAGAUCGGCAUGUCGCUGCUAAUGGGCUCUGAGAAACUUCGGGAAGCAGUCGAAAAAGCUGGCUAUACCAACAUCACCGUCAGGGAAUUCAAGAUACCGAUCGGGACGUGGCCAAUGGACCCGAAGAUGCGAGAGACAGGUGCCUUUCAAUUGGUAGCUAUGUUGGAUGGGAUUCAAGGGCUGAUGAUGGCGCUGUGGACGAGGUUUCUAGGGUGGAGUGAGCAGGAGAUUGAGGUUUUCGCAGCGGAGGCGAGGAAGGAGUGGAGGAGUCGGAAGGUGCAUAGUUACUGGCCUUUGCACUGUAUCUAUGCGCAGAAACCACUGACUGCCGCAUCUUGA